UGCGUGAUCUCGGCCAUCCCCCAGUCCGCGUGUGCAUCAUUCACCAACACCAGCUGCAUCUGCACCAACACACAACUCGCUCAGGCGACAAAGGCAUGUUUGCUCGAGGACUGCACCGUGGCCGACUCCCUCGACGUCGCCAAGGCACAAGCUGAUGCAUGUGACUAUCCGGUCCGCUCCAUGAGGGGGACCCUGCUUGCUCCUCUGGCUAUCGAGCUGUUGGCCUUCCCGGCGGUCCUCUUACGCCUCUACGGCAGAUGGAGGUAUGCACCACGCUACGAGGUGGACGACUGGAUCAUGGUGGUCUGUUUUCCUAUUUGGAUUAAAACCUUCCGCCGCGUCUGCUACGGCCUGAUCGCCUGGGUCGCCCUGAGCGGCACCAUCUUCGUCUUCCUGCAGAUCUUCCAGUGCGUACCCAUCUCGUUUGUCUGGGAGGGAUGGCUCCUCAAGGAGACCUCCUCUAACCCGCACCGCUGCCUCAACGUGCACGCCCUCGCCUACGCCGCCGGCGCCACAAGCAUCGCCCAGGACGCCGCCAUCCUCGUCGCCCCCAUGCCGCUGCUGCGCAACCUGCACACCACCGCCCGCCUCAAGCUCGAGGUGUGUCUCAUGUUCAGCCUGGGCUUCUUCAUCCUGCUGACGAGCUGCAUCCGGCUCGGGUUCAUCGUGCGCUUCGCGCAGUCGUCGAACCCCUCGUGGGACAACACUGGCCCUCUGAUCUGGUCUGGUCUGGAG